CUUUUCGCUUUGCAUCCCUCUAUUAACGUGACUUUGUAUGGAUGGAAGUUCCGCGUGCGAUAUGAAGUAUUCUUGUGUUUUAAAUCGUUUCCGAGGGAGUUGGUAGCGUUCGUAGGUCCCAGGAGUGGAGUGUUUUUAAUUCAUUUGUUUUAUAUUUUGGAAUUACCGACGUUUACCUCUUCUUCCAUGACGGGAAAUUACACCCAGAAUUAUUAUUCCAUAUUCCUAUUUCUCAAUUGCUUCGUGUGAUCGGUUGCAGUCGCGUUGCAAGAAAGCCAUGGAUUGCGAAUCGCUGGUUCCAGAUGCGGAUUCGGAGGCGGGAGAUGAGGAGAUGGAGGUGCAGCCUCAGAAGCGCGGCGUCCCCUCAGGCAAGGAGGAACUCGAGGAGUGGAUGGCGGCCGAAAAUUUCUCCCGCCUUCCCGCCCCACGCGGACAAGAGGCUUUCUUUAAGUUCCUACGAGGCGGUUCUUAUGACGAGCGUGUGGGUAUCACCGACGUCCCCGUGACUGCCUAUGGUAUGGACAACGCGGCUCGAGGCUACCAGUUCUGGCUCAAAACAGAGGGCGUUAACCUGAAGAGUCUGUUUGAAACAUACAUCGUUGAGGAGGACACCAAGCUCGACGAAGCCACCGAACCCUAUGGUGAAUUGGAGAAGAAGAAAGAGAAAGCAGGCGAGGUGGACGACUAUGUCAAAGUAUUGAAGGCAAAAAUCAAAGUCCCAUUAGAUGAUAAAUAUAAGUUAUUCAAAGAUUUCCUAGAAGAGGAGGCCAAGAAGCUGAAAUAGCACUAACUUUUGUGUUUUAGUUUUAGUUUUUUUUUUUAUGGGUAUGCUUAGCUGUUUUGAUAUGAUUUAUGGAAGUGAACGAUUUUAUUUUUUUCUUGCUGUGCUGGCCGUGUUGAAACAAGUGUGAGUGUUAAGUCCAGCAUGUCUAGUGAUUCUCUGAAAAUGAUUUUUAUGAUUUUUUCUCUCCAAGCCUGGACCACCAAGUUCUUGGCUUGGAUGUAUGGCUGAACUAAUAUGAACAAAAUAAUUUUAAGGUAAACAUAGGAUAUCCAUUACUGUUGUGGAGGCAGUGCAAUGUCAACUUGAAGAGGAAGAACUAUACAUUCCAGUUAUGGCGAUUGAUGUGAGUGUUUGUCUCUCACAGCAGAUACAGUGAGCCAUUCCUUAACACAUUCCUGUUGAUUCCAUGUUGUCUUUUAUCAGUUUUAUUUUCUCAAAUAUUGUACUUAGCCUGUUAAGAAUGGAUAUGUGUCACAAAAUUUAAUCUCUUAGGAGGUUUGUAUUGUUAUACAAACAUAUGUACCAACUGUAAAUGGUGAAGGAGGCAAUGUCCUCAAUGUUGUGAGGAUUUUUGACUUUAAAUCUCUUCUUAUACAUGAUAGGUAAUUACUGUACAUUGAUAUACAAUUAACAGAAUAUUUAUGCCUGCCUCCAAAAGGUAAAAAUCCUUUUUCUUAUACUUGUCACAUAUUGUGACACAUUCAGAUUAAUGAAAUUUUAAAAUCUCUGGUACAUGUUCCACAAACAUUUUGGGAUAAUUUUUGUGUUUUUAAACUACUGUAGGUGAACAGAGUGUAAAGUUUUGUAUUAGUUGGUGUUGUUAAAUAUAUCCAGAAGUUAACACAUAGAUUAAUAGGUUCAUACUUUUGUUGCUUCUGUGUAAGGUCACAUUUGAAAAGUCUUCAUUCACUCUGUAUUUAUAGGAUUUUUAAAAACAGUUUUACUAUGAGAACUCAUGGCAAUAGUUUAAAUAUUGUACAUGAAGUUAAUAUCUUUUAUAUUUUGUUAUACUGUACAUUAUACAAAGAUAUUUAGAUUUCUUUCUAGGGCAUAUUGGUUGGUUGUAACUGUGUAAUUUAAUUUGUUGCGUAGGAUAUCAGUAAAAUCGGGAAUGUUGUGAUAAAAAUACCAUUCUCAAGAUAGUGGAACACAGAUUAAGUGCAAUUGAAAGUACCAUAAGUAGAAAAUAUAAGAGGAAAUAUUCUUGCCGGCUAAAAGGGCUUGAUAAUUUAAUAGUAUAUAAGGCCUGUCCUGGUACUUAAGAGAGGAAAAGAUUGUUUCCCCCCGCCUUUUCUUUUCUUUUUUUUGCGUAAAAAUGUCUUUGUCUAUGAAAUAUUUUUUGUAUGUGGUUUUGUUUUGUUUUUCUCUACAUUAUUUUGAUUUAAAUAUUUUUGUUACUUUGUUUUACUAUUGUAUUUUUUUUUUUUUUUUUUUUUUCUUGUUACAGAUUUAAGGAUUGCAAUAUUUGUUGAUUGUUAUGCCAGCAUUAUUAUUUAUGAAGAAAAUGUAUGGUGCUAAUGUAGAUAACAAAGAAAUGUUUUCUUUUGUACUUUAUGAGCUGUUUCUGAAUAGACCACCGUGAUUUUUUUUA